AUGUCUCCGUCUGUCCCUUCGUUCCUACCAAUCCUCGAUCUUAGUCUUGCCGACGACCCAGCAAAGCGUCCGGCUCUGCUUGCCCAGCUGCACGAUGCUCUUUUCAACAUUGGCUUCCUGUACAUUAAGAACCACGGCAUCGAGGAACAUGUCAUAACCGAGCUAACAGACAAACUUCCCGCGCUCUUCGAUCUUCCCGACCAUAUCAAAUCCAGUCUCUCCAAGCUCCACUCCCCGCACUUCCUCGGCUACAGCGGCUUCGCUGAAGAGACAACCCUUGGGAAAAAGGAUCUCCGCGAACAGUUUGACUACGCAACAGAGCUCCCAGUCGUGUAUCACGAGCGCAAGUCGGUCACCACCACCAACGGAACGUAUGCUCCAGACCAACCCGACGACAGCCGUGACUUCUCGCAGCUCUACUGGCGCCUCCGUGGUCCCAAUCAAUGGCCACCGGAGGAACUACUCCCAGGCUUCAGGAAAGCCUUGACUGCCUACCACGAUGCCGUGCAGGAGCUUUCCUAUCGCUUCGUCCACCUCGUAGAAGAAGCCUUCGACAUCCCCAUCGGAACCUUCGACCACUUCUUCCAGGCCCCAGACGCGAGGGCUGUCGGCAGCAGCACCACCACCACCACCACCACCAAUACCUCCGCCUCCGCCAAGCCACCCUACCUCCCCCCACAGCACCGCAUCAAGCUCCUCAAAUACCCCCCCUCGCCCGCCUCAGAGGACUCCGCCGGCGGCCAGGGCGUCGGCCCGCACAAGGAUUCCAGCGGCUGGCUGACCUUCCUCCUCCAGGUCGGCGACCGCCAAACCGGCGCCGGGCUCGAGGUCCUCGGCGCCGACGGCCAGACGUGGAUCCCCGCGACGCCCGUGCCGGGCACCUUCGUCGUCAACUUCGGCAACGCCUUCGAGGCCGCGACCGAGGGCGCCGUCCGCGCCACGGUGCACCGCGUCGUCAUGGCACCCGCUCCCGCUCCCGCCUCGUCGCCGUCGUCGCCGUCGUCGCCGCCGCCGCCGCCCCGCUACUCCGUCCCCUUCUUCCAGGGCCUGCCGCUGGACAUGACGGCGUCGCGCAUCCGCUCCUACAUCCCGGAGUCGGUGCGGCGCUUGCGGGGGGCGGCGCGUGGCGGGGAUGGUGCUUACGGCAGCGGGGGAGGAGGAGUCGGUGCUGCUGCCGUUGCGAGUAGUGGCGCGGACGGUGGCGCGAGCGGCACGGGCGCGGUGUCGGCUUUCCUGGACCCGCGCUGGGAUGCCUUGGGUGAGUCGCAGUUGAGGAAAUGGAUCCGCAGUCAUGAAGACGUGGGGCGGAAGUGGUACGGCGAUGAGGUCGCAGAUUAUUAUCUGAGCUAG